AUGAGCAUUGUAUGUGUACAUGAACACAUUUUCAGGAGCAAAUGUGCGCCCAUGGAGAAGAUCGACAAGUUCCAGAUCGUCUUCAACAACCCUUCGGCCACAUACUUUGCUGGGGAGACUGUCUAUGGCUACGGCUGGCUCGUGGUCAAGGAACCUCUCUAUGUGUCCAGUAUUUGUCUGGAAGCGAUCGGUGAAGCCAAGGUGGAAUGGAUGACAUCCAGCGAUAUACAGAACUCCGACGAGGAAAUUUUCAACCACACUUCCGUGCUGCCUAUUAAAGGUGAGAAACAGAUCAACGACGAGGGCGUCCUCCACUCAGGCUCCCACUACUUUCCCUUUGAAUUUACCCUACCACAGAAGCUUCCUUCUUCGUUUAAGGGCAAGCAUGGCCGCCUUCGCUACUAUGUGCGCAUGUCUGUCUACACACAGGACAUGUUCUCGCAGUCUGGACCGCACACGGAACGCAUCAGCAAGUUCGCUGUUAUAGGAGCUCUGGACCUCAAUCAUGAACCAGACGCUUCGCUGCCUGUAGAGAACGACACCUUCGAGACGGUGGGCUCCUGGUGCUGCCUCUCCGGCACCGUCACAGCCAUGCUGAAGCUAGACCGCAAGGGCUACACUAUCAAGGAAGCCAUCCCUGUCUAUGCUGAAAUCAAAAACCUCAGCACUAGAAGAAUCGCUUCUACCCAGGUCUCGCUUAUACAGAACGUCACCUACUACUCCUACCGAGGCCGAUUUUCAGAGUCCACCACGCUGGUCACAGUUCACAAAGGCCGCAUCGGGCCGCGAGGCAAGCAGACCUGGAACCGGGAACUGCUGAGUGUGCCCACGGUGCCGCCGUCACACCUCCGGGGCUGCAAGAUCAUCGACGUCCAGUACAGUAUAGAGCUGUGUAUCAAACCUAGUGGAAUCGCCCGGAAAGUGAAACUACCCGUUGACAUAGUGAUAGGCACUGUGGCCUUGAAGGAGCAGGAACACAAGGUCACCUGUCACCCCCUGCUGUCACCCGAGGACGCCAACUUCCCAUUCCCGUUCUUCUCUGCCAGUGACGACAGCCAGGUGUUCCUGUCCGACCUGUCCCUGCACAACAUGCUGCCUACCGCCCCGCCCUGGGAGGAGAACGAUGACAUCCCUUGA